UUGGAUUCCUUGAUCUUGUCUCCAUUUGCCAAAGUCCACUCUCCAACAAUCGCACAAUCCCACCCAUACCAAGCAGCCUUGGCGUGUGAGACUUGCACAGGGGCGGCGACGAGCGCGCAACACUAUCAUUGCUCUUUCACCACAGAUCAAAUUUGUGCGUCAUUGAGUUUCCUAUUCCUACGAUCUGCAAGAUCAUGGCAGAGUCAUUGCUUCUCCCGCUAGUGCACGGCGUGGCCGGCAAGGCCGCAGACGCACUCGUCGAGACCGUGACCCGCAUGUGCGGCCUCGACGACGGCCGCCGAACGCUGGAGCGUCAGCUGCUAGCUGUUGAGUGCAAGCUGGCUAACGCCGAGGAGAGGAGUGAGACAAACGGCUAUGUCAAGAGCUGGAUGAAGGAGCUCAAGUCUGUCGCCUACGAGGCGGACAAUGUGCUCGAUGACUUCCAGUACGAGGCGUUGCGCCGCCAGUCUAAGAUUGGCAAGGCCACUACCCGCAAGGUACUUGGCUACAUCACGCGCCACAGCCCAUUGCUCUUUCGUUUUGAAAUGAGCAGGAAACUCAAGAACAUCCUCGAGAAGAUCAAUAAGUUGGUUGAGGAGAUGAACAAAUUUGGCUUGGAGAAUUCUGUCCAUAGGGAGCAGCGGCAACAUCCUUGGCGGCAGACGCACUCAAAACUGGACGAGACUACGAAGAUCUUUGGAAGAGAUGAUGAUCAGGAUGUGGUGGUGAAGUUGUUGCUGGACCAGCAAGAUCAGCGGAGGGUGCAGGUGCUGCCCAUCAUUGGGAUGGGAGGUCUUGGCAAGACGACUCUUGCUAAGAUGGUCUAUAAUGACCAAGGGGUCCAGCAACAUUUCGAGUUGAAGAUGUGGCACUGUGUGUCCAACAACUUUGAUGUCAUUCCUUUUUUGAAAUCCAUCAUUGAGUUGGCUGUAAGUGGAAGAUGUGACAUGCCUGACACAAUUGAGCUGUUGCAAAAGCAACUUGAGCAAGUCAUUGGCCAAAAAAGGUUUAUGCUCGUGCUUGAUGAUGUGUGGAAUGAAGAUGAGAGGAAGUGGGAGGAUGUCCUGAAGCCUAUUUUGUGUUCCAUUGGUGGACCAGGAAGCGUAAUUGUUGUCACAACUCGAAGCGAGAAAGUGGCCUCUAUAAUGCAGACCCUUGGACCCCACAGGCUAGCUUGUCUGAGUGAACAAGAUUCAUGGGAAUUGUUUGCGCAAAAAGCAUAUAGCAAAGGUGUAGAGCAGGAGAAAGCAGAGUUGAUCAGCAUUGGCAGACGUAUUGUCAACAAAUGCAGGGGGCUGCCUCUUGCUCUCAAGACAAUGGCUGGAUUGCUAAGUUCAUAUCAACAAGUACAAGAAUGGAAGGCCAUCGAAGAAAGAGAUUUUAGGGAUAAUAAUGUUAGAGGGAAAGAUGAGAUCAUGUCCAUCCUAAAGUUGAGCUACAGACACCUAUCAUCUGAAAUGAAGCAAUGUUUUGCAUUCUUAGCAGUUUUCCCCAAGGACUAUGUGAUGGACAAGGAUAUGUUGAUCCAACUAUGGAUGGCAAAUGGUUUUAUUCAAGAGAAGAGACCAGUGGAUUUGACAACAAGAGGAGAAUUCAUUUUCGAUGAGUUGGUUUGGAGGUCCUUCCUCCAAGAUAAGCAAGAGUGCAUAGACAAUUAUGGUACAGAAAAUUAUGUGGCUGUUAACUGUAAGAUGCAUGAUUUAAUGCAUGAUCUCGCAAAAGAUGUCACAGAUGAAUGUGCAAGUAUAGAAGAACUGACUCAGCAAAAAGCAUUGUUGAAAGAUGUUUGUCACAUGCAAGUGACAGGGGCUGAAAUGGAAGUAAUCAGUGGGUUAUGCAAUGGCAGAACAUACCUCCGCACUUUGUUAGCUCCUUCAAAAUACUAUAAGGUUUUAAGAGAGUUGCUACAGGUAUCGUCAUCACUAAGAGCAUUGCAUUGCCUCCCUCCUUCAAUUGCCAUUUGCAAGGCCAUAAAUGCAAAACAUUUACGGUAUCUUGAUCUCUCUAGGUCUAAGAUCGUUACAUUGCCAAAUUCAAUAUGUGUGUUAUAUAACUUGCAAACACUGAGGCUCACAAAUUGCUAUAAGCUGCGGUUGUUGCCAGAAGGCAUGGCAAGGCUGAGAAAGCUCAUCUAUCUUUAUCUUUCUGGUUGUCAUAGUCUCAAACGUAUGUCUCCAAACUUUGGUGCACUGAACAACCUUCAGAUAUUAACAAGAUUUGUUGUGGAUACUGGAGAUGGCCUUGGAAUAGAGGAGCUCAAAGAGUUGCAACACCUUAGCAAUAGGUUGGAAUUAUUGAAUUUGAGCAAGAUAAAGAGUGGGGAGAAUGCAAAAGAAGCCAAUCUCAGUCAGAAGCAAAACCUAAGUGAGUUAUUGUUCUCUUGGGGCCAUGAAAUAGAUGAUGAGCCUAGAGAUGUGGAAGAAGUGCUUCAGUGUUUAGAACCUCAUAGUAAUAUCCAAAAACUGGAGAUAUAUGGAUAUCAUGGCCUAGCAAUAUCACAAUGGAUGAGAAAGCCUCAUAUGUUUGACUGCUUGAGAGAACUCACAAUGUCUCAUUGCCCAAAAUGUAGCAGUAUCCCUGUAAUAUGGCUCUCGGUCUCUCUAGAGAUUUUGGUCUUACAAAGGAUGGAUAACCUGAUAACAUUAUGUGAUAACCUUGAUGUGGAAUUUGGGGGAUGCAUUAACCCUCUGCAAAUUUUCCCAAGGUUGAAAAAAAUGAGCUUGAUUGAGUUACCAAGCCUGGAGAUAUGGGCAGAAAAUAGCGUGGGAGAGCCUAGUGAUAACCUGGUAACAUUUCCGGUGCUUGAAGAGCUAGAGAUCAAAAAUUGCCCCAAGCUUGCAAGCAUUCCUGUGAUCCCCGUAGUCAGUGAGUUGAGAAUAGUUGGGGUUCACAGUACUGCAAUCAGUUUAGUCUUUAUGAGCAUCCGAUUGGGCUCUUGGCCAUUUCUCGUCACGUUAACUCUUGGGUCUCCAGAAGACAUACCCAUGUUGUCUCUAGACGCCCAGCAAAGCCAAAGUCAAAGACCUCUUGAAAAACUGAAGUGUUUGGUUCUGGAAGGCCCGGAUAGCUUGGUCACAAGUUGUGGAUUGUCCAGAUCACACCUUAUGCUUUGGAAAUGCUUUUCUUUUGUGGAAGAGCUGACGAUUGACGGAUGGAGCAAUCUUGUCCUCUGGCCAACAGAGGAGCUCCGGUGCUUGGAUCGCCUCCGCUCUCUGCGUAUCACAAACUGUGACAACCUGGAGGGCAACACUUCAUCGUCUGAGGAGGAAAUCCUUCCGCUGUCCCUGGAGGACUUGACGAUUUCAUUCUGCCGCAGUGUGGUAACACUGCCUUCGUACCUUGGAAAUUUUGCCAAGCUGAGGAGUCUAUAUGUGUCUGACUGCAGCAGGCUGAAAGUGCUGCCUGAUGGGAUGUGUGGCCUCACUUCUCUUAGGGACUUGAGGUUUUAUUUCUGUCCAGCUAUGGAGGAACUCCCGCAUGGUCUCCUGGAGCGGUUGCCAACUCUCAAACUCUUAAGGAUAAGGGGAUGCCCGGAGCUGAUAAGACGAUGCACAGAAGGUGGGGAGUAUUUCCACUUGGUCUCCUCUGUCCCAGAUAAACUCAUUUAUUGAUGACGACAUCUUGAAAAUCCAGAAUAGCUGCGGAGUAAAUCGGCAUAUGCGUGAGUGCCCUGGUCCGAAUCUCUGUCGAUCCACCCCCAUCUUGCUGCUGUGCACGCCGGGACCUCCUCGGCACUGCGCAGAGAGGGAGGAAGGAAGUGAUGAUGGAAGGGGGUCUCCUCCGCUGUGCACGCCCCACGACCUCAGGCAACCGCCGUACUGCUAGCCAGACGGUGGGGGCCGAGAUUUGGCUGUGCUGACGGAGACGAGAGGAAGGAGCAGAGGAUGCGCGUCUUGGGCACAGGAGGCCCAGUGGGAUCGAAGCCCUCCCUAUGGGAUUAGCGAGCCCAAUGAUCAUUUCUUUUUUGAGAAGUAGCCCAAUGAUCAUUACUUCUCUUUUGCGCCAGCCAGCAGUAGUAAUAUUUCAUACACGAGCUCAUUGCUUUAAUCUGUACAGCAGAAGCAGGUGUGCCUCUAGUAUAUUUCUACCACAUGUCCACAUGUAAGUAGUAGCUCCUGCCAUUUUCUACCACAUAACAAAUUUCCCUGCAAAUUUCAAUGUGUUUGCAAGUCAUAAGCUUGUAUUGUUAGGCAUCUUGCAAACAUUUCAGUUCUUUGUUCCCAUUUUUUUCCUUCUUGGCCACAGACUGAGUUAGUACAAACACGGGCUUCUUCUUAUUUUUGUGAUAAAGCAUGAGGCUUCAUUGCAAAGAAUUUAUUUUUGCCUUUCUGACAGAGUUUC